AUGGCACACCAGUUCCCCACCCUGUCCACUGAGCAGAAGAAAGAGCUGCAUCAGAUUGCCCUGCGCAUCGUCUCCCCUGGGAAGGGCAUUUUGGCAGCGGAUGAGUCUGUAGGGAGCAUGGGCAAGCGGCUGAACCAGAUCGGCGUGGAGAACUCUGAGGAGAACCGGCGGCAGUACCGGCAGGUGCUCUUCACCGCCGACGAGCGCAUAGACAGCUGCAUCGGGGGAGUCAUCUUCUUCCACGAGACGCUCUACCAGACAGCCGACGACGGCACCGAAUUCGUCCAGAUGAUCAAGGACAAGGGCAUCACUGUGGGAAUCAAGGUUGACAAGGGUGUGGUGCCUUUGGCAGGGACCAAUGGAGAGACUACAUCACAAGGACUUGAUGGCCUCUCUGAGCGCUGUGCUCAGUACAAAAAAGAUGGGGCAGACUUCGCCAAGUGGCGCUGUGUCCUCAAGAUCAGCAACAGUAACCCUUCCACCCUCGCCAUCACUGAAAACGCCAACGUCCUUGCACGCUACGCCAGCAUUUGUCAGCAGCAUGGCAUUGUGCCAAUUAUUGAGCCCGAAGUCCUGCCAGACGGGGAGCACGACCUGAAGUGCUGCCAGUUUGUCACAGAAAAGGUGUUGACGGCGGUCUACAAGGCCAUGUUUGAGCACCAUGUGUAUCUGGAGGGGACCCUGUUGAAGCCUAACAUGGUGACCCCGGGACACAGCUGCCUCACCAAGUACACCCCCCAGGAGGUUGCCAUGGCUACGGUGACGGCCCUGCGGCGCACUGUGCCCCCCGCUGUCACAGGGAUCACCUUCCUGUCGGGCGGCCAGAGUGAGGAGGAGGCCUCGGUCCACCUGAGCGCCAUCAACAACUGCCCCCUGGCCAAGCCCUGGGCCCUCACCUUCUCCUUCGGCCGCGCGCUGCAGGCCUCCGCCCUCAAGGCCUGGCACGGCCAGAAGGACAACCAGGUCGCAGCCACCGAGGAGUUCAUCAAGAGGGCCCAGAUAAACAGUCUGGCUUCCCAGGGGAAGUACACUGGAGGGGACCACAGCGGAGGAGCAGCAGCACAGUCAAACUACAUCUCUCACUACGCAUACUGAGCAUAGACCCCACAUGACUCUCAAACUUAAAAAAGCCACAUGACAAUCAAAUAGGUCACAGCCUUCACCCCAUUUACAGUAUAACACUAUAAAUCACAACAAUAGUAUAUCUUACUACUCGCUGCUGUGAUUGUGACAAUGUUUUUGCAGCACAGGUUCAAAUGCUCCCUCUGCUCACGCUAGAAGAAAUGAUUAUAAACAUGUUUAGCUGAUCACUAUUUAAGUUAUUUUCCUCAAGAAGUCAGAUGCACAAACACAGACAGGAUCUAUAGUAAGGGGCAGCCAUGGCCUGUGGCUAGGGAUUCGGCCUUGGAAUCAGAAGGUUACAGGUUGGAAUGCCAUAACAUCCAUGGCUGAUGUGCCCUUGAAAGGCACCUAACCCUGCAUCGCUCCAGGAGACAACAAAUGUUCGGUGUAAGUGAGUCUGUUUGAAUAAAAGUGUCAGCUAACUGUAAUGUACAGUAAAGCUGAGGAAAAUCUGACAGGAGUAGGUCUUUCUGGAAAGAAGUUUGUAAGAAAAACAAAUAUUAUUGUUGAAUUAGGCUAUGCAUCAAUCUUUCUUGUCACUAUCAGCAAUUUGUAGCAUUUCUAUAUUUCUGCUUUUCUUUUCCUGUUUCAAGUCUGCCACAUCCCUUGCAUAGGCCUAUUACAGAUUGGUGUGACUGUUGUGACUGAUGUAGGCCUAUUUGUUGUAUUGUACAAUAUAGGCCUACAGUGUGUAUGUUCAAAUAAUAA